AGCACAGUUAUAAUACCAUGCUAGGCUGAUGCAUUGCUUUUUCGAUAUGUCACUUACUUUGUUUAACAAAAAAUGAAAAAUAAGAAGAGGAAGGAAGGAAAGAAAGCCACCGCAGCUGGCUGAACGACAGCUGCAAGAAAAAGUGGGGAGUGGAACCAUGUUGAUGCCAUGGGUUCUGCCCCCACAAGGCUGUGCAGCCCCAACACAACCGCUUUCACCACCUGUGUCCUCUCCUACCACCUCCUUACUCACAAAUAAACCAGUUGGAGAACACCAGCUCACAGGACAUAAAGUAGCAGUCAAAAUUUUAAAUAGGCAAAGAAUUCGUAGUUUGGAUGUGGUUGGAAAGAUCAAACGAGAAAUACAAAACCUAAAGCUUUUCCGGCACCCACAUAUUAUUAAGUUGUACCAGGUCAUCAGCACACCAACGGAUUUUUUUAUGGUAAUGGAAUAUGUGUCUGGUGGGGAAUUAUUUGAUUACAUCUGUAAACAUGGACGUGUGGAAGAGCCUGAAGCCAGGCGUCUUUUUCAGCAAAUUCUGUCAGCUGUAGAUUAUUGUCAUCGGCAUAUGGUGGUUCACAGAGAUCUGAAACCAGAGAAUGUGCUGCUGGAUGCACACAUGAAUGCCAAGAUAGCUGAUUUUGGACUGUCCAACAUGAUGUCUGAUGGUGAAUUCCUGCGAACCAGCUGUGGCUCUCCAAACUAUGCAGCACCAGAAGUCAUAUCAGGAAGAUUGUAUGCUGGUCCAGAGGUUGAUAUCUGGAGCUGUGGUGUUAUUCUCUAUGCGCUUCUUUGUGGGACUCUUCCGUUUGAUGAUGAACAUGUUCCAACCCUUUUUAAAAAAAUUCGUGGAGGCGUCUUCUACAUUCCUGAAUACCUCAACCGUUCAGUCGCCACCCUACUCAUGCAUAUGCUGCAGGUUGACCCACUCAAACGAGCAACCAUCAAAGACAUACGUGAACAUGAGUGGUUCAAAGAAGAUCUGCCCAGUUACUUGUUUCCAGAAGAUCCUUCUUAUGAUGCCAAUGUCAUUGAUGAUGAUGCUGUGCGGGAGGUUUGUGAGAAGUUUGAAUGCACCGAGUCCGAGGUGAUGACCAGUUUGUACAGCGGAGACCCUCAAGACCAGCUCGCAGUUGCAUAUCACCUUAUUAUCGAUAAUCGUAGAAUCAUGAAUCAAGCCAGUGAAUUCUACCUCGCUUCCAGCCCUCCUACUGGUUCUUUUAUGGAUGACAGUAUGCACAUCCCCCCUGGAGUAAAGCCUCACCCAGAACGGAUGCCUCCUCUAGUAGCAGAUAGUCCCAAAGCUAAGUGUCCCUUGGAUGCACUGAAUACCACUAAGCCAAAACCACUGACUGUGAAAAAAGCCAAGUGGCAUUUAGGAAUAAGGAGUCAAAGCAAGCCUUAUGAUAUCAUGGCAGAAGUGUACCGUGCUAUGAAACAUCUGGAUUUUGAAUGGAAGGUGGUGAAUGCCUAUCAUCUUCGAGUUCGUAGAAAGAAUCCAGUGACAGGAAAUUAUGUGAAAAUGAGUUUGCAGCUUUAUCAGGUUGACAAUCGGAGCUAUCUUCUGGACUUCAAAAGCAUUGAUGAUGACGUCAUGGAGCAAAGAUCAGGCUCUUCCACACCUCAGCGCUCAAGUUCUGCCGCUCGUUUGCACAGACCAAGACUGAGUUUGGAUUCAGCUGCUGUUGAGUGCCAGUCGCUACAUGGAUCUCUCACUGGGUCCCUGACCGGGAGCACACCCUGUGUUACACCACGCCUCGGCAGCCACACCAUGGAUUUUUUUGAAAUGUGUGCCAGUCUCAUCAUGGCUCUUGCUCACUGACAGGUGUCAUUAAGAAGCUUGCUUUCUUUGGUCAAGUAGAGGCACAGAAAGUUCAAUUCAGGACACACAGCAAGAAGAGCUUAAGUCCGAAAGUGGCGAUACCAAAUUCUGCAGCCAGGCUGCAUUGUGUAUAUUAAGGGAAGUAGGCAGGUGUGCUCAGUUUAUGUAAUUCUAAUUGCAGAAUUCGCUUUAUUUUUGCAAGGAUUUGGAAUAGUGUUGUGUUGUGAGAAUGGUAGAAAUGAUGGAGCUGUGGAGGUAGUGAUAGACAGAAGUGAGGAAGACUGCAGCCUCUGUCUGACAACUGGUAGCCAUUAAGCUGUUACUGGUUGCCACUUCUACAGUUUGAUUCUGUAGAAAAUGCAGCAACUGCCAAAAUCUGAAAAUGUCCAUAGUUGCAGAAUCUGCAGUGCCCUUGCUGUUGUGAACAUAUCAGUGCAAUAAUGCUCCUGAAGACUUGACAGUUCCUUUAAAUAUUAAGAAAUACGUGUUUUCAGGAAACAAAGACAAUAUAGUACUGGUAGGUUUCAUGUGCACUUUAUAUACAUGGAAGCUUUUUUCACAUUUGCUAUUUUUCCACACGCUGUACCAUGCAAAACCAUCCCUGAAGUAGGGCUGUAGCUUAGUGAGAAGUGCAAUUUAUGAAUGUAUGAGUUCCUAGGUAGCAAGUAUUUACACUGUCAAUUUUACAGAUUUAGUCCUAGGAAUCUCCAGGUAGGAAAUCUUCGGUGGCAGGCCUCUGACUGAUCUGCAUUUUCUGUUGAGGAAGGGCUUUUGGAAUGCUUGAUGAAUCAAUACAGAUCUUAUGUCCUUCUCAGAGACCCAUGGAAAGGAGGUACAAGCUACAAUAUUCUCCUCCAUUCUAAACAUACUCCUGUAAGGAUACAUAAGAGUAAGAGCCCACAGGAAGACCAUUUCCUAAAACAGUAGAGAAUAGGGUAAAACAGCUUCUGGUGAUUGUCUUCUACAGCUGUGGACUACAUUGGCGGUUCUCAAGCUUUCUUCCUUCACAAGCUUUCGACAUCUAAGCUACAGCUCAUGGUGGGAGUUGGAAGUUCGAUAUAUCUGGAGGGCCAAAGAUCCAGAACCUAUGGGCCAGAUCAGUAGUUGCCAACCUUGAAUCCCCAUGGACUGCUGUUGCCACUAGCCCCAGCCAAAAUGAUGAGCGAUGAAGGGUUCUGGGAAUUAUAGUCCAACAACACCUGGGGAAAAUAAAGUUUGGGAAUCGCAGGACCAGAUAACCUGUUUAUCUGAGUUAUUAAAGGGUAGUCCUCUUGUCUGCCUCUUCUUCUUGUGUUGUGGCAGAAUUUUAAAAAGUAGGCAUUUCUUUUAUUAAAUAACAGCACACAUUCAGUUACUCUUCCAAAGUAAUUAUUUAAUGGAAGUUUUGCUACUAUUAGACUCUCUCCCACCCUGGUGGAUGUUGUAGAUAUUCAAUGAUAAACGAGGAUGAAAUUGCUGUGCCAGUAAGUUGAACAAUAUAACAAUAGCAAUGCUGAUCUAGCAUGGGAGAUGCUUAUAGAAUUGGAUUCACAAUAGGACACCUGCCAGUUGAUUUUAUGAAACCUUCUAGAUGCAGCCUGUGCCUGCAGUGCAUGAUCUGAAGUCCACUCGCUCAUCUCUCUCUCAAUGCCCAGAAGUAGAAGGCAGUGGGUGACUGGCAACCACUAUAAAUUAGCAGUACCUGAAAUGCUGAACAGAUGUUUUUGUGGUGUGGCAGUAGCACUAGGUUGCUGCCUUGUUUUGCAAAAUCUCUCUUUUUUUUUUUUACAGAAAUCUAAUUAAAGUUUUGAAUUAGGGAGCUUUUAUCUGAUCCAAAGGAAUUCUUUCCAUUCUAGUCUUUUAUAACUACUUCAUGCUGACUGGUUUUCAUUGUCCUGGGCUUGUUAAGCUCAGACCACCUACAGUAGACCUCAAGCAACCCACUCUUAAUCACAUUAUUAGUCUUCCAUCAAUCAUCUUAGGCUUUGCCUAGUAUCAAAUAUAUUGAAGUGCAAGAUGUGACUAUUUAAAUAAGGAGCAAUUAUUAAUCCCAUGGCAGUCAUUGAUCAAGGCUGCCAUAGCUAUCUAUGUAAAACUUGUAAAGGUGGGAUGGAGGAUUUUUCUUUAUUUUUUUACCCAGGAGUAAGGUCUGUUGAUAACACUCCGGUUUGCAAAGAACUCUCAGCCUGUCAAAGCAAAAGAAUUACAGGGAAGCCAAUGCCAUUCAGAAGUAUAGCUGGGGAAAAUGGGGAUGGAAGGAUUUAGGAAUGAUAAAGAAGCAAAACAAAGUGGAGUGGGGGACAAUCUGGCACUUGAACAGAGCUUAGAAAUGUUCCUCUCCUUUCUUUGGACUACAGAUCCAAAAAUCUUAAGAGUGGUAGUACAAAAAAGUAACAUUUUCAGGCUUCAUACUUGACAUAGAUGUAUCUCCUUUCAGGAAUGAGUCUCUUUUCUUCUUCUGCGGUUUCAGACCUUAAUAUAGCUGGCUGAACAGCUCAAUGAGUUAGGAAGUCAAAGGUUGGGAGUUCAGUUCUUCACUGUGCUUCCCGGGAGUAGAGCCAGACUGUGUAGCCUUGGGCAAGCUGCAUAAUCCCAGGGCACCCCCAGAAGAAGGGAGCAGUUAACCAUUAUGAGUACUGUCUAUCUGAAAAAUCCUGGAAAGGGUCACCAUAAGUCAGAAUUGACUUGACAUGACAUUAUUAUUCAGUCCUUUACUACCAUAUUUGUCCAAUUCUGAUUCCAGGAUUUCUUGUGUCAUAGAGAUCAGAUUACUACUACUAUUUCGUCCUCUCUCUCUC